AAAACUUUUACGACACAAGCACUGGUUUUCUGGCAAAUAUGGCGGCACCGUAGGUCUUUCCUAACAAAACGAAAUGUUAUCUCAGUAAUCUUGCUUAAAUCUCUGUUUAAAUAUCAAACAUUUUCAAGCUGUUACAAUAUCGUUUUCUCUCUCGUCAUCUGCCAUGUCUGGCUUUAUGGAAACAGAGGAGCAGGCAAGACACCGUUUCCAGCUGGAGUUGGAGUUUGUUCAGUGCCUGGCGAACCCAAACUACCUGAACUUUUUGGCUCAAAGAGGUUACCUGAGAGAGAAGCCUUUUGUCAAUUACUUAAAGUAUCUGCUUUACUGGAAAGAACCAGAAUAUGCUAAAUUCCUCAAAUAUCCUCAUUGUCUGCACAUGUUAGAGCUAUUGCAGUAUGAGCAUUUCAGAAAGGAGCUGGUGAAUGCACAGUGUACCAAGUUCAUAGACGAACAGCAGAUCCUGCACUGGCAGCAUUACUCACGGAAGCGGACACGCUUGCAGCAAGCACUCGCGGAGCAACAGCAGCAACACCAGCCACAGGCUCCAUCCCAUGGCAACACCACAUCCAAAUGAGGCAGUCAACAUGCUCCUGCUGGGAAUUACUCUUUCACAAAAAUCUUUUUUGUAAAUAGUCAUUUUCAAAUGGGAUUUUUCCAAAUUUAAAUAGGACUUGGACUUUUAGACUGCUUUCUGUAGGCCCAUAAUGUUGUGUGUGUGUUUAUGAACAACUGGAGAUAAAGGUAAAAGAGCUUCAAAAAAGGUAAGAGGAGAGUGAUUAGUUUGAUGUCUUACAGUUGCUUUUGCAUUGUAAAAGAAAUCACAUUUAUGAACUGAAAUGUAUUUAAAUUCUACAUCAAACUUUGUUUCUUUGUUACCAGCUCCACCUGUUAUAUGCUUUACCUUAUAUAUAAGAUAAUUGUAUUAUGUUUGUGUGUGCAUAUAGGACAAAAACAGAAACCCAAAUAAAAAAAAUUAAGAAAUGUUUAAUGGCAAUAAUUCUAUUGCAUGACUAUCUAAAAAAAAAUAAAAAAAAUAGGGCGGGAACAAAUAUUUGUUUCCACUGUCUGAACAUUUUUAUGGAGUUUGUUCAAAUUAUUGUUUCUGCAUGCAUUAUAAUACUACUCUGUUUUUUUUUUU